GGAAAUGUUGCUGGAAUAUAACCCCGCUUCGGUCCUCUAAAUGCAUAUAUGACGAUUGUAAACACUUGUGGUGUACCGGGUCGUUGCGAGCGUUGCACAAGUAGCACGCUGGGUGUAGUUUUAUUGAUAGCAACUCUUGAUUGUGGCGCACGUCGCAUGGCGCGGGCCAGGAAAGGGUUAAUUUUUUCCGCCGCCGACAUUUUUGUUCGGCGCUCUAUGGCAACUUUUUAACUUUGAUGCGCAGCGAGCUUGCACCCUGUUCCAAUACUUACGUGAUUUUUCAGACAUGUCCGUGAGGGAGUCCUUCAAUCCCGAAAGCUAUGAGCUGGACAAGAACUUCCGGCUCACACGCUUUGCGGAGCUCAAGGGCACGGGCUGCAAGGUGCCGCAAGAGGUUUUACAGAAGCUUUUAGAGAAUCUACAAGAGAACCACUAUCAAGAAGAUGAACAGUUCCUGGGAGCAGUCAUGCCUCGAUUAGGCAUCGGAAUGGACACCUGCGUCAUCCCGCUUCGACAUGGAGGCCUUUCACUUGUCCAGACAACAGACUACAUCUACCCUAUAGUGGACGAGCCCUACAUGAUGGGUCGUGUUGCAUGUGCAAACGUCCUCAGCGACUUGUACGCCAUGGGGGUGACGGAAUGCGACAACAUGUUGAUGCUCCUGGGGGUGAGCAACAAGAUGUCUGAGAAGGAGAGAGACAAAGUCAUGCCGCUGAUCAUCCAGGGCUUCAAAGACGCGGCGGAAGAGGCGGGCACAUCUGUGACGGGAGGACAGACGGUGCUCAAUCCCUGGGUGGUGUUGGGGGGAGUGGCCACGACCGUGUGUCAGCCGAAUGAAUUUAUCAUGCCAGACAACGCAGUGCCAGGAGACGUCCUGGUGUUGACCAAGCCGUUAGGGACACAAGUGGCUGUCGCAGUGCACCAGUGGCUCGAUAUCCCUGAGAAGUGGAAUAAGAUCAAGUUAGUGGUCACACAAGAAGACGUGGAGUUGGCGUACCACGAAGCAAUGAUGAACAUGGCGAGACUCAACAGGACAGCGGCCAGCCUGAUGCACACCUUCAACGCUCACGCCGCCACCGACAUCACAGGCUUCGGCAUUCUCGGCCACGCGCAGACGCUGGCAAGACAACAGCGGAGCGAGGUGUCCUUCGUUAUCCACAACCUUCCUGUGCUCGCCAAGAUGGCCGCCGUGUCCAAAGCCUGCGGCAACAUGUUCGGUCUCAUGCACGGCACUUGUCCCGAAACAUCAGGCGGACUGCUCAUUUGUCUCCCGCGUGAACAAGCCGCCCGCUUCUGCGCUGAGAUCAAAUCCCCCAAAUAUGGCGAAGGCCACCAAGCGUGGAUCAUCGGCAUCGUGGAGAAAGGCAAUCGUACGGCUCGCAUCAUCGACAAGCCACGGAUCAUCGAGGUGGCGCCGCAAGCAGCCACCCAGAAUGUCAACCCCACGCCUGGUGCAACUUCCUAAUCCUCCUGCAUCCUUCUAGAGUACAUUUUGUUAACACAAGCAACUACAGAACCAUGUUAGAGUCCAGGGUAGCGCCGCGCUGGUGUGUCCAUGAGAAACAGCAUCACCUGGUGGCUCAGAUUGGUAUCACCCAAUGGACUCCACUUACUGUCCUCAUGUAAUAUAUAAUAACAUUGGCCAAAAAAAAAAUAAUCUCUUAAGUUUAUUUGCUUUUUUUAUUUUGCCCCAUGUGCUUGAAAGGUGAGAGAUUGAUGACGACAGUUUGAUUCAUUUUGGAUCCUCAGAACUUCCGUUGGCUCGUAAUAUUGCUCUCAUAACGCAAGCAGGUUGUAUUUUUUUUCUUUGUCCACUUUGUACAGUUAUAAAGUCUAGUUUUAGUUCUUUGCUGUGUAACCAAUGCCUUGAAAGAAACUGAAGUUUGACCAGAAUGGUUUUUUUUAUUAUUCGUUUGACUUUUUGUAUUGAGCCCCACCAGAAUCAAUAAA